CUCACACGUUCCGGUCCCGUUUCCGCAUAGAUCCCCUGCGCUCUCACUCAGCAGAGCCGCACACACACACCACCCGAGCAGACCCCGCAGUCGCUCGUUUCUCCCCACUCAGCUCGUCGUCGCUCCUUUGCACGCCGCGCUCCGAGCUCGCCACUGCGCGCCCGCCACACCUAGACAUCCCGGUUCCCCUGCCUUAGUGCAACCCAAAAUGGCUCCCGCUGCCGUCAACGCCGGCGUGCCCGCCACCGUGCCCGCCGACGCAAAGGGCCUCAAGGACUCGUCGGCCGCCGAGGCGGCGCAGUCUGGCACUGCUGCCGAGAAGAAGGAGGUCAAGCUCGAGGCCGGCCGCCUGCUCUCGAGCGCCGACCAGGAGGCCGCGCAGGAGCUCGUCAACCUCGUCAAGAUCGAGGGCCCCACGGCGCUCUUCACGCUCGGCAUCGAGGACAUCAUCCUCAAGGGCCUCAACGACAAGAAGAACGCCAGCGCGCGCGAGGGCGCCUGCGCGCUCGUCAAGACGCUCUGCGAGCAGGGCGUCGGCCACGAGGUCGAGCCGUUCGUCAUCGCCUCGUGCCUCACGCCCCUCGUCGAGGCCAUGGGCGACAAGGAGAAGACGGUGCGCGAGGCCUCGCUCGCCGCUCUGACCAAGUUUGUGCAGGCGAUGAGCAACUGGUCGCUCGUGCAGGUGCUGCGCGUGCUCCUCGAGCAGGCGCGCACCGCCGGCAAGUACCAGGUGAAGCUCGGCUGCAUCUCGCUCAUCGAGGAGCUCGUCGGCGCCGCGCCCGACCGCAUGGCCGCCGCCAUGCCCGACAUCAUCCCCGUGAUGAGCGAGGUCAUCUGGGACACUAAGAAGGACGUGCAGACGGCGAGCCGCGCCGCGCUCAAGAAGCUCUGCGCCCUCAUCUCCAACAAGGACAUUGAGCGCUUCAUUCCCGCCCUCAUCAACUCGCUCAUCCACCCCGUCGAGGAGGUGCCCAAGACGAUCCAGCUGCUCGGCGCCACGACGUUCGUGUCCGAGGUCGACUCGCCCACGCUCGCCCUCAUGGGCCCGCUGCUGCAGCGCGGCCUGAGCGAGCGCCCGACGGCGACGAAGCGCAAGGUCGCCGUCAUCAUCGACAACAUGAGCAAGCUUGUCGACAACGAGCGCACGGUGCGCCCCUUCCUGCCCAAGCUGCUGCCCGGCCUCAUCAAGGUCGAGACGAGCCUCGCCGACCCCGAGGCGCGCGGCGUCGUGCAGCGCGCCAUUGCCACGCUGCGCCAGAUCGGCCAGACCGAGGGCGACGGCACCGACCUCAAGCCGCUCGACGACGUCGACCUCAAGGCCACGGCGCAGCUCGUCACCAAGGCGCUCGACGAGCAGAAGCUCACCGGCCCGCCGCCGCUCAUGACGCACAUUGCCCAGCUCUCGACGAACCUGGCCAACGCGCGCAACUUCGAGGCCACCGAGUGGGACUCGACGCUCAUCCCCUACAUCACGCUGCUCAAGGGCUCCACCGCCGAGAAGGCCACAGCCGUCUCGCGCUCCCUCGUCACCGCCCUUGCCCGCUCCACGGGCGAGGAGGCCGAGGUGUUCGAGGACGAGGAGGAGGGCGAGGACCUGUGCAACUGCCAGUUCUCGCUUGCCUACGGCGCCAAGAUUCUGCUCAACACGGCGACGCUGCGCCUCAAGCGUGGCCACCGCUACGGCCUGUGCGGCCGCAACGGCUCGGGCAAGUCGACGCUCAUGCGCGCCAUCCAGAACGGCCAGGUCGAGGGCUUCCCGUCGCCCGACGAGGUGCGCACGUGGUACGUCGAGCACGACCUCGACGGCUCCGAGGGCGACAUUUCCAUCCUCGACUUCAUCGUUGCCGACGAGCGCCUGCGCACGAACCACAAGGACGCCGCCGACACGCUGCGCGAGAUGGGCUUCGACGACGGCCGCCAGGCCGGCCCCAUCGCCGCCCUCUCCGGUGGCUGGAAGAUGAAGCUGGCCCUGGCGCGCGCCAUUCUCUUCAAGGCCGACAUUCUGCUGCUCGACGAGCCGACGAACCACCUGGACGUCGUCAACAUCAAGUGGGUCACCGACUACCUCACCAGCCUCACGCAGGCCACCUCGAUCAUCGUGUCGCACGACUCGGCGUUCCUGAACAACGUGUGCACCGACAUUCUGCACCUCAACCGCUUCAAGAUCAAGCGCUACCCUGGCACGCUCACCGACUUCGUCAAGCGCGUCCCCGAGGCCAAGGCCUACCUCGAGCUCGGCGGUGGCGACGAGGACAUGUCGUUCAAGCUGCCCGACCCGCCGCUGCUGGACGGCGUCAAGACCAAGGAGAAGUCGCUCGCCAAGAUGCGCAACGUGCAGUUCACCUACCCCGGCUGCACGGAGCCGCAGCUCAAGGGCAUCUCGAUGCAGCUCUCGCUCUCGUCGCGCGUGGCCAUUCUCGGCCCCAACGGCUGCGGCAAGUCGACGCUCGUCAAGCUGCUCGUUGGCGACACGGAGGCCGACUCGGGUGAGGUGUGGAAGCACCCCAACCUGGUCAUCGGCUACGUGGCCCAGCACGCGUUCCACCACAUCGACCAGCACCUCGACAAGACGCCGCUGGACUACAUGCUCUGGCGCUACCAGACGGGCGAGGACCUCGAGGAGCACCUCAAGGCCUCGCGCCAGCUCUCGGAGGCCGAGCUGGCCGCCAUGAAGAACGGCGAGGUGUACGUGCACGAGGGCGUCAAGCGGAUCAUCGAGGACAUCGUGAACCGCAAGAAGCUGAAGAACAGCUUCCAGUACGAGGUCACCUUCAAGGCCAUGUCGAGCGCCGACAACAUCUGGCUCUCGCGCGACGAGCUCAUCAAGCGUGGCUUUGAGAAGAAGAUCAUGGCCGUCGACUCGCGCGAGGCGCAGCGCCUCGGCAUGAACCGCCCGCUCGUGCGCCGCGAGAUUGAGAAGCACUUUGCCGACUUCGGCCUCGACGCCGAGUUCGUGUCGCACUCGGGCAUGCGCGGUCUCUCGGGUGGCCAGAAGGUCAAGGUCGUGCUUGCCGCCGCCACGUGGCGCCAGCCGCACGUCAUCAUUCUCGACGAGCCGACGAACUUCCUGGACCGCGAGUCGCUCGCCGCGCUCAUCAACGCCCUCAAGACGUACGAGGGCGGCGUGGCGCUCAUCACGCACUCGCAGGAGUUCUCGGAGAACGUGUGCAAGGAGAUCUGGCGCAUGGAGGGCGGCAAGCUGCACGCCUCGGGCCACAACUGGGUCGAGGGCCAGGGCAGCGGCGAGCGCAUCGACAAGAAGAAGGACGGCGAGGAGGAGGAUGUGUUCGACGCGCUCGGCAACAAGGUCGUCUCGGCCAAGAAGGCCGCCAAGCUCGACUCGGCCGCGAAGCGCAAGGCCAAGAAGGACCGCAUGGCGCGGCGCAAGCGCGGCGAGGAGGUCUUCACGGACGAGGAGGAGCUGUAAAGCACUCGCGUCUCGCAUCUUCUGCCCUGCUCUCCCACCUUAGAUCCCCGCCUCUGUGUAACCGCCUCUGUUCCCUAUCCAUGCCUCGUCCUUGUCCUGGAGAAAUAUUCUACACGACUUGUCAUG